AUGGGUACGCGCGCUGCACAGGAAGGGACGUCUGCGAGCGGCAGUCUUGCAGAGAAGAGACGCCAAGCCGGCGAGGAGCAAGUGCAAACGGCGAGCGAGGGUCUCGCUGAGAAGUUGCUCAUGGGGUGGACUAUGCUCGGCGACACAUGCCCUCAGUGUGUGAGCGUCCCUCUGAUGCGCGACAAGCAACAGCAGCUUUUCUGCGUCGCCUGCCAAGCCUUUUUGCCCUCCAGCGUCCUGGACGAAGGCCCUGGCGCCGAAGCUUCUCGGGCCUCCACUGCACAGGGAAGAGGCCGCGAGUGUGGACGGGCCGACCACGAGAUCGAUGAAGGAGAAGAGACAGGCUCGAACCGGCAGUCAGAAAGGAGAUAUCGACCCUCAGCAGCUGCAACGAAGGCGCAGGCUUCCUCUACCCCCACCGUCGGACGAGGUGUGCAGUAUCAGAUGGUUGCGGCGAUUCCCCUCGAUGAAGCGGACAGCGAGAAAAUCGAAUCGACUCUGGCGUCCUUUAGCAGAGACGAAGGCGCGUCCAGGAGUCUCUGGCUGUCUGGUGGAGCGACGGGGAGUCAACCGCGAGGCGACGCGCGUGUUUCAGAACCCAAACAAGACGAGGAGGAUGAGCGAGAUCGAGUGCAAGACAGGCUGACUGCCAAGGAAAAGUAUUUCCAGGCCUCUGCAGACCUCGUGAGGUGGAGAGAACAAACUCUUCAGCGCUGCGGCGUUUCUGCCCCUGAGAGGCGGCCAAACUACGGGAACGUUCAGGUGUCGCAUGCAGCCGACCGCGCCGCCUCAUGCCACGCUUCCUGCUUGGUCGGUGGACGGCGAGUGGAAAGCGAAAAUAGGACACAAGUGAGCGCGGAGUGUCCUUCUCGUGACGACGCUCUCAAUGAGGCGCGGACGGCGGUUCUGAUGAAUAUUCGACGUUACGCGGCCGCCCUUGCACCCUCUAGCCACAACACUGUGCACACGGUUGAAAGCGACCGGCAGGUGUUGCUGACUCUUCAGACCGCCAUUCAAGUGCUUGAGACUCUUGACGCGCUCUCGUGA